UUUCUUUGCCUUUUCCUUAUUCAGGUCAUCCCAGAAGACGUGUUUAUGGAAUUUGAAAUGAAGGGUAGUGUCAAUGGACAUUACUUUGAGAUGAAAGGUGAAGGAAAAGGAAAGCCUUACGAGUAAGUGUCUCUUAAAAGACAGACCACGAUGAAUUAUAUCAUUAUUAUGUAUCACUAUUUAUUUUUAAAACCAGAGUUGAAUAAGAUCACAUUGCAGUCGUCAGAUAAAGGCCUGAUAUCACGGUUUCAAGGAUUUUGGGAAAUAAACAACUGUCAAUAAAGACUUUUUUUGAAAAGAAAAGUGAACAAGAUCCAAGAUUCGUAAGAAUAUUUUCAGUCAUAAAGUAUGACUUGUUUUUAUUCGCGUUUGCAAAUUACCUACAGUCUAUGACAUCGCCUUCUUCAUCUGCUUCCAGAGUCCGGCGACGUGUAAAGGCUACUGCAGAGCUAAGUCACGACUAAAUUAAUUUGCGAUACUUUAAUUUUUUACAAGUUAACAUGUAAGGUUAUGCAGUGUUUGACUUAAGUUUGAAUUUUCAUUAGCAUAAAAUAUUUGGUCGUUCCUAAUCUAUCGUUUAUUUCAGGGUAUACAUGAGCUGUUUCUGAAAAUAAUUUCCAACACUCUUAUCAUCUUAUUUUAGAGGAAUACAGAAAUCCACUUAUUGGGUCACCAAAGGAGGACCCCUUCCAUUUUCCUUUGACAUUCUGUCGUCAGCGUUCAAAUAUGGAAACAGAUGCUUCACUAAGUAUCCUAAGGGCAUGCCCGACUAUUUCAAACAAGCCUUUCCUGCUGGAAUGUCAUAUGAAAGGACAUUUACAUUUGAGGAUGGAGGAGUUGCUACAGCCAGUGGACACAUUAGGUAUAAAAUUGAUGAUUAGUACGGGAUUGAGAUAAUACUCUUUAAAGGAAAUCUUCAAGGUCAUUUUUUACACGGAGAAGGGAGCGCCCUUUUUGAAAUUGUAACUUAAUUGUGAUUCUCCCGAGAACGCUUCCUGUCUAGCUAAAUGGGAACAAACCACACAAAAAGCAUAGUGACCAGCGAAUAUGGAGACUACUAAAUUUUGAAAUGGGCAUUUGUAAGUAAAUGGGUUUAGUUUGAAAAACGUCGUAGCAGAAAUGGCAAAUCUCAAAAAUUAAAGGCGCUAACGCAUUAUUCUCCAGGGCACAUUGGUAUGUGACACGGUUACAAGGUUAAUCCUAAUAUUUUUAUUGAUAUGUCAAAUUUACUUAAUUUUACAGUCUUAAGGGCAAUUUGUUUACACACAUAUCCAUGUUUCAUGGCGUAAACUUUCCCGGCGACGGACCCAUAAUGGGAAAGAGGACAAUUGGCUGGGACCCUUCCUUUGAGAAAAUGACCGUCUCCGACAACAUAUUGAGAGGUGACGUGACUAUGUUCCUACUGCUCAAAGGAGGCGGUUAUCACAGUUGCCAGUUUCACACUUCUUACAAGUAAGUAUUUUGUUUCUGUAACAGCUCCAACAGUUGAAUAUCAUUCCUUUGGAGCAUUAAUAUUUGGAUUGCAUCUUCUAUGUUUUACUGGAUAAAAGCAACCGAAGAGAACGCUGGGAUGAAAAGGGCCUUGAAAGAACGGCUUAAUUCUAAUUUCUUGUGUUAAUAAAAUUUUUGAGAUCGAAUAAGACUCUUCUCAAGAUACUAAAGGUUAUGUACUAUAAUAUCCUUUACAGCUAAAAAUGUUUCCUUCCCUGCACUUGUCGGUGAAAGAUGUUGAGGGCGAUGGAAAAAUAGUUAUUAUUGAUACAAGUAAUUGUUGAUCUACACUGUACCAAAAAACAAAGUUCAAAAGCAUUGAUGUUCAAAAAACAAGUAACAGACCCAACGCUGAUAGGGAACGUAAAACACAUAUUUUAUAUUUCAUUAAGUUUUUUUUCCUUUUCCAAAGAACAAAGGAGCCGGUCACACUGCCUCCGAACCACGUCGUAGAACAUCGCAUUACAAGGACCGACAUUGAAGACAAAGACGGCAAGAAGGUCCUGCUGGAAGAAACUGCUGUGGCUCAUGUUAACCCUUUGUAA